GCGUGGGAGCACUACCGCGUGCUGCGCGCGUGCGUGUGUGCGUGCGUGUGUAGCGGGCGUGAGCGUGUGUGUGUCCCCAGAGCGGCUGCGGCUGCAGCGCGCGUGGGAGCACUACCGCGUGCUGCGCGCGUGCGUGUGUGCGUGCGUGUGUAGCGGGCGUGAGCGUGUGUGUGUCCCCAGAGCGGCUGCGGCUGCAGCGCGCGUGGGAGCACUACCGCGUGCUGCGCGCGUGCGUGUGUGCGUGCGUGUGUAGCGGGCGUGAGCGUGUGUGUGUCCCCAGAGCGGCUGCGGCUGCAGCGCGCGUGGGAGCACUACCGCGUGCUGCGCGCGUGCGUGUGUGCGUGCGUGUGUAGCGGGCGUGAGCGUGUGUGUGUCCCCAGAGCGGCUGCGGCUGCAGCGCGCGUGGGAGCACUACCGCGUGCUGCGCGCGUGCGUGUGUGCGUGCGUGUGUAGCGGGCGUGAGCGUGUGUGUGUCCCCAGAGCGGCUGCGGCUGCAGCGCGCGUGGGAGCACUACCGCGUGCUGCGCGCGUGCGUGUGUGCGUGCGUGUGUAGCGGGCGUGAGCGUGUGUGUGUCCCCAGAGCGGCUGCGGCUGCAGCGCGCGUGGGAGCACUACCGCGUGCUGCGCGCGUGCGUGUGUGCGUGCGUGUGUAGCGGGCGUGAGCGUGUGUGUGUCCCCAGAGCGGCUGCGGCUGCAGCGCGCGUGGGAGCACUACCGCGUGCUGCGCGCGUGCGUGUGUGCGUGCGUGUGUAGCGGGCGUGAGCGUGUGUGUGUCCCCAGAGCGGCUGCGGCUGCAGCGCGCGUGGGAGCACUACCGCGUGCUGCGCGCGUGCGUGUGUGCGUGCGUGUGUAGCGGGCGUGAGCGUGUGUGUGUCCCCAGAGCGGCUGCGGCUGCAGCGCGCGUGGGAGCACUACCGCGUGCUGCGCGCGUGCGUGUGUGCGUGCGUGUGUAGCGGGCGUGAGCGUGUGUGUGUCCCCAGAGCGGCUGCGGCUGCAGCGCGCGUGGGAGCACUACCGCGUGCUGCGCGCGUGCGUGUGUGCGUGCGUGUGUAGCGGGCGUGAGCGUGUGUGUGUCCCCAGAGCGGCUGCGGCUGCAGCGCGCGUGGGAGCACUACCGCGUGCUGCGCGCGUGCGUGUGUGCGUGCGUGUGUAGCGGGCGUGAGCGUGUGUGUGUCCCCAGAGCGGCUGCGGCUGCAGCGCGCGUGGGAGCACUACCGCGUGCUGCGCGCGUGCGUGUGUGCGUGCGUGUGUAGCGGGCGUGAGCGUGUGUGUGUCCCCAGAGCGGCUGCGGCUGCAGCGCGCGUGGGAGCACUACCGCGUGCUGCGCGCGUGCGUGUGUGCGUGCGUGUGUAGCGGGCGUGAGCGUGUGUGUGUCCCCAGAGCGGCUGCGGCUGCAGCGCGCGUGGGAGCACUACCGCGUGCUGCGCGCGUGCGUGUGUGCGUGCGUGUGUAGCGGGCGUGAGCGUGUGUGUGUCCCCAGAGCGGCUGCGGCUGCAGCGCGCGUGGGAGCACUACCGCGUGCUGCGCGCGUGCGUGUGUGCGUGCGUGUGUAGCGGGCGUGAGCGUGUGUGUGUCCCCAGAGCGGCUGCGGCUGCAGCGCGCGUGGGAGCACUACCGCGUGCUGCGCGCGUGCGUGUGUGCGUGCGUGUGUAGCGGGCGUGAGCGUGUGUGUGUCCCCAGAGCGGCUGCGGCUGCAGCGCGCGUGGGAGCACUACCGCGUGCUGCGCGCGUGCGUGUGUGCGUGCGUGUGUAGCGGGCGUGAGCGUGUGUGUGUCCCCAGAGCGGCUGCGGCUGCAGCGCGCGUGGGAGCACUACCGCGUGCUGCGCGCGUGCGUGUGUGCGUGCGUGUGUAGCGGGCGUGAGCGUGUGUGUGUCCCCAGAGCGGCUGCGGCUGCAGCGCGCGUGGGAGCACUACCGCGUGCUGCGCGCGUGCGUGUGUGCGUGCGUGUGUAGCGGGCGUGAGCGUGUGUGUGUCCCCAGAGCGGCUGCGGCUGCAGCGCGCGUGGGAGCACUACCGCGUGCUGCGCGCGUGCGUGUGUGCGUGCGUGUGUAGCGGGCGUGAGCGUGUGUGUGUCCCCAGAGCGGCUGCGGCUGCAGCGCGCGUGGGAGCACUACCGCGUGCUGCGCGGCGCGCCGGCGGAGGCCGCGCCCGCGUCCCCGCCCACGCCCCCGGCUGCGCCCCCGGCCGUCGACCAGGAUCGCGACCACUUCGCCUUCACCAUGGCGGCGCUGCGCACGCUGGGGCUGGGCGGCGCGGCCGACUCCGUGCUGCGCCUGCUGGCCUUCCUGCUGAAGCUGGGCAACGUGGACUUCGAGCCGCAGCACAACAUCGACGGCACCAUCGGCACGCGCCUGCAGCAGCGCUACGAGCUAGUGGAGGCGUGCGCGCUGGUGGGCGUGGACGCGGACGCGCUGGGCGCGGCGCUGGGCGCGGCGGAGGAGGACGAGGGCGCGGCGGACGAGGGCGCGGGCGACGCGGGGUCCCCGGGGGGCGCGGCGUGGGCGGGCGCGCGGCGCGACCAGUUGCUGGCCGUGCUGUACUCGCGCCUGUUCACGUGGCUCGUCAACGCCGUCAACGAUCACAUCAAGCCGGCCGAGGCGGGCAAGCGCUGUUCGCUCGGCAUACUGGACGUGUACGGGUUCGAGUCCCUGGCGCGCAACGGGCUGGAGCGCCUGCUCAUCAACUACGCGGCCGAGCGCGUGCAGGCGGCCGUGACGGGCGCCACGCUGCGGCGCGAGCAGGCCGAGUACGCGCGCGAGGGCCUGGCCUGGCGCCCGCUGGCCUACGCCGAGCACGAGGCGGGCGCCGCGCUGCUGGACGCGGGGCCCGACAGCGUGCUGGGCGCGCUGCGCGACUGCUCGGCGCGCGGCGCCAGCGACGCGGCCUUCCUGCAGCGCCUGCAGCGCCGCCGCCAUCCGCGCCUGCUCGUGCUGCCGCCCGACCGCUUCCAGUCAGUGGCGCUUCUUUUUUCAUAUUUCAUCUUUGAUGGCCGACGUUUGACCACUAUCUCGCCUGGUGGUAAGCCAUAAUGCGGUCUACGAUGGAACACGUCGACCCGUAAGCAACCUAUUCAUUCGGGUCUUGAAGACGGGUGUCUUCCCUUCAGAAAAUAUAGACUCUGACAAAGAAUUCUACUCCUUAGCAGAAUGCACAAGGAAGCUUGAUGCGAAACGCUGCGUGUGGGUGGGACAUCUACCAUGAAUCGAUGACGCUUCACCGAUUGUCUUGUGGUACGAAGGAUUAGGGGGACUCAAGUGAUGCAAUUCACCCGGACACUCACCGAAGUGUCCGGUAGAAGAUAGGCUUUUUUUUUAGGGGGGAAAAUCAUCGAAUGACUGC